AUGAUGUGCCGGUCUUCGUAUGGCUUGCUUGCAAGUACCUUCUUUGCCCUGGUUGCGUGUCUAUUUAUAUAUGUGCCUAAAGUAGAGGGGGCUGCACUCUCUACGGUGGUCCCUGCACGGGAAAAAGCCUGCUUUUAUGCUUGGGUCGACCAGCCGUACGAGAAAGUUGGGUUUUAUUUCGCUGUGCAGGAGGGAGGCAAUUUCGAUAUUGACUAUGUCGUUCACUCGCCUUCUGACAGGGUUGUUCUAGAGGGCGACAAGUCUUCGCAGGAAGACUUUGUCUUCACCGCCAAUGAAUUCGGGCAGUACAGCUUCUGCUUUGAAAGUCACAUCAGCUCACACGAUCGAAAGCUCGUCGACUUCGAUAUUACAGUGGAGUCAGAGCCUCGAUUGGAGCUCCCGCUGACGAAAGCAGUUCUUCUACGCGAGCAGUCGACUCCCGUGGAAGACUCCAUGUCGAAUAUUGAUUCUGACUUGACAGCCAUUGAACGUACUCUGCGCUACUUCCGUAUGCGCGAAAACCAGGGAUAUGCGCUUGUUGAGACCACUCGGUACGUAUACGUUGUCAUGAACUUAUACUUGUGUAGCAAGCGCAUUCUCCGCUACAGUAUUAUCGGUGUCUUCGUGAUGAUUGCUAUUUCGGCUACUCAAGUGUUCCUCGUGGAAUACUUCUUUAGCAAAGGCUCCUCCUCGUCACGUUUCAGCGUCUAA